GACCGCGCUAGCAGGUUAGCUGUGUUAGCUUGUGUUGAUAAGAAGGCAGUGCUUUAUUCGGAAGUUUGUCAAGUUUCUACAGAGAUGUAGCGAUACGUGGUUCGGUUCCGAACAAUUCUCUUUAACUAAAGUGUCGUGAAUGAGUGAAUACGUGUUGAACGUAAAGACAACGUGGCUGUGAUUGUGAGACUAGCAGAUGAUCGGAGCUGCUGCUGUUCAGAGGACUUUGGUGUUUGUUGGAGCUGAAGAUCUUCUGCAGCUGCAGGAACCAUGUCUUCAGAACCUCAGGAAGAUUCUGUCAGAGAACAACUUUCUGCUGCUGAAGAAACCUUCAGACUCUGUGAAGGAACCAUCGUCCAGAAUGAGAAUGAGGAGCUCUGUGGUCAGCGCAGACUGCUGGAUAUCACCUGGAACCCGCAGCUUCAGCUCCACCGCAUAGUCAUCCCCCAGCAUUAUGUGAGUGAAGAGGACAAUCUUUACAACCAGCAGAAGAAUUUAAGAGUGGAACAAGAGGAACCAGAAUUUCUACAGAUUAAAGAGGAACAAGAGGAACCAGAAUUUCUACAGAUUAAAGAGGAACGGGAGGAACCAGAAUCUCUAUGGAUUAAACGGGAGCCGAAGGAACCAGAACCUCCACAGAUUAAAGAGGAGCCAGAGGAACCAGAACCUCCACAGGUUCCAAAGCUGGACUCCUCAAGUCCAGUUCUGACUGCUGAGCUCAGGACUGAGGUCAGAUCUCAGAGCUCCAUCUCCACAGGAAGUCUGCUCAAAUCCACACAAAGAGAUAAACCACUUCCCUCUCCCCGGUCACUUCCUCCAGCUCCUCUGGGGGGACCCCGAAGCGUUCCCAGUUCAGCUGAGAGACCUAGUCUGUCCAGCGUGUCCUUGGUCUUCCCUGGGGUCUACUGUGUGUGUUGUGAACAAGGUGGAGGUGGUAAAGGUUAAAUAAAGGUCAUAUGAGGACAUGACAGGUUGGAUUCAAAGGAGGGAGAGAUAGAUCAGUACAGGUGAGGCAGAGAAACAGAGAUGGAAGGAUGAGCAGCAGGUCAGGGCUGUGUACAAUGCUUGAGCAGCUCAGUAAACCUUUAGUUGAGAUGAAUGUUGGAGACAAACAUCUGGAAUGCUCUUGAAGUCAUGACUGUCAGAAGUCCAAUCCUGUUGCUGUCAAAGUGUUGAGUAAGAAAAAGCUUUUGAUGGAGUACCAGUAAAAACAGGAUGUUUUUCAGAGGAGACAAUGAAGCUGAGUCUAGACUUUGUAACUAAAAAGACCUGUCAGAGCAGAGUCAACAUGGAAGAACCGCCCAUCCAUGCAGCUGCAGCUUCUAAAGGCCAACCUCCAUUCAACAGUCUUCUACUGGUCACACUUUGAUCUGGGUUUGAUUGGUUUUGGGUCCAGCUUUUAAUUUGAAGGUUUCAUCCAAAUAUUAAACAACAGCAACUGUGUCGUCACCAGUGCUUUAA